AACAAAGAGAGUUAAUAGAGACAGACAGAGACAGAGAGAGAGGAAGAGAGAGAGAGAGAGAGAGAGAGAGAGGGCUGUACUUCAUUGCCUCUUGUUUCAUUGGAAUUCCUUUAUAUCUCCUUUCUCUCUCUCAUCUCCUUCUUUAUAUCUCUUCACUCUAUCUGGUUUCUCUUUCUUUUUUUUUCAAUUUCUUUUAAGAGGAAGAGACUAUAUUCAAGGACUAUGCUGUGUCAGAAAUGAGUAGAUUUGAAGGAGAGCAAAUUUGGGUGUUUUUGUUUCUACUGUGAUGAUGAUGAUAAUGGAACUUCAAGGACACAAUGUAGGGUUCUCUUUAUGAUGAUGAUUAUGAUUAUGACUGGGAGUUUUUUCUUCAAACAGGUUGGAACUAGGCUUUAGUAUUUCGUGGUUCCACUUUUAGGUUAAACAUGAAAACAGGAUCAAAGAAAGGAUGGCACUCCAUUGUUCCUCUCCGUUUAAGAAACAAAUCGGCUACACGUUUUUGCUUGUUUUCUAAAGUGCGUUCAUCAGGCAUUAGACCAGGCAAUACACCAGUUUAUCUCAACGUGUACGACUUAACUCCCAUGAAUGGCUAUGUCUACUGGGCAGGCGUAGGGAUCUUUCACUCUGGUGUGGAAGUUCAUGGUGUAGAAUAUGCAUUUGGAGCUCAUGAUUGCCCAACAAGUGGUGUUUUUGAAGUUGAGCCUCGCCAUUGCCCUGGAUUCAAAUUUAGGAAGUCAAUAUUUAUUGGAACAACAACAUUGGACCCAAUUCAGGUUAGGGAGUUUAUGGAGAGACAUUCCACGAGUUACAAUGGUGAUACAUAUCACUUGAUCGUUAAGAACUGCAACCAUUUCUGCAAGGAUGUUUGCUACAGGCUGACUGGAAAUCAAAUCCCGAAAUGGGUGAAUCGUCUUGCCAGGAUAGGGUCUCUUUGCAACUGCCUGCUUCCCGAAGCCCUUAGAGUAUCUGCGGUUAGAGUCCACGAUCCUGAUUCCGAACUGAAAUACCAAAGCUACGAAGAUGACAAUGAGAAGAAGAGGUUGAGAACUACCACAUUUAGUUGCUGGUCUUCAAUUUCAACUAGGCAAAAGCAAUUGUCAACGUCUUCAAUGUUUCUGCACUCUCCCUUGAAAGGUUGCUUACCACAAUGGGAUUUAAGAAGGUCCAGUAGUAGAGCAUCAAAGGUACGAACAUAGAAAACCAUUUCUAAUUCACUUCAACUGGAAACUGUCAAAAGUGUGGAUCUGCUUCAACCAUCUCUCCUACAACUAGGCGGAAAAAAGAAAAAAUCCCUCUUCACAGUUGGUCAUUGAAUCUCUUCUGUAUAAAGCUUCAGAAGUAGAGGGCGACCAGCUGAUGGUUGGGAUGAUUGAUUUGUGUUUUGUAUGCAAUGUAGGUACAUCUUGGGAUUGGAUUUCAUUCUCUCCCUUGAUUUUUUGUUUGGGAUGGUUGUAGUUGUAUACUAUUGUAACCGCUGUAUUCCCAUGUAGCAACAAACCCGGUCUCUGAAAAUAUGCUAUUUCUGAUUGUGAGUCU